AUGCGUGAAUGCCCGAAAUGUAAAACCAGUGAUUACAAUAAUCCUUCAUUUGUUAUGCUUAUCAAUGAGUGCGGUCAUCCAUUAUGCAGGAAUUGUGUUAAUAAUUUAUUCGCUCGCAACAGUGCUGCUUGUCCUCGAUGUGGGAAAAUUUUAUUGAAGAAAGGAUUUUGGGAACAAACUUUCAGUUCGAAAUUAGAAAAGGAAUUAAAUAUUAGAAAAAGAUUGAAAAAAAUUUUCAACUUAAAACGCGAUGAUUUUGGUACUCUACGGGAAUAUAAUGAUUAUUUGGAAAGGAUUGAAAUAUUUGUUUUCAAUCUAGUCGAUGGAAUUAAUGUAACUGAAACAGAAGCUGAAAUAAAUCGCUUUAAAAAUGAGAAUGCUUCUUUGAUUGACCGUAACAGAUAUAAAUUAUCAGAAGAUGAGGAAUGGAUUAUGCAGCAUCUGGAAAAUGAAAAGAAAAUAAAAUUAAGUGCCUCAUUUGGUCAAGAGAAGGAAGUUCUGGGAAAGUCAUCAAGAGAAACGAAGACCAAGGAAAUUAUUGACGAAUUAAAGCAUUCUGAUCUUCCUGCUGAAGUUAUUCUGGAUCGAAGAAGGAAAAGGCAAAUUGAAGCCGAAUUAUUUGAAAAAGAAAAUGCAGCGAAACGUAAGAAGAAAUCUAAAUUAGAAGCUCAACAAAAACGUCAGGAAACUGCUUCAUUUGCUCCCGUUCGUGUGAGCGGUAGGCCAUUCGUUUACCGUCCUCCAGAACUUCCCAUUAACGGUCCUGCGUUGCCAUCUGUUGAACAGAUAUCAAAUGGCGGAUUUUUACAGCAUAUAAGAACGUUCAGUGCCGCUCGUCGAGUUGGCGGUUUUACUGCAGAAAUAUGUUGUAUGCGAGCUCUUUUUGAAUCACGAAUUGAUCUGUUUGCUUUUUGA